UUUGGUAGAUUUAUGUCUAAAUGUGUCCGGAAGUUGAGCCAGCUAAUUUGUCUAACGUUGCUCACGGAACGAUGCCAUUAUCUACUGGCGAGGUACAUCGUGGAAUGCUGCAAGGAAGACUUUUGUAAAAGUAGAAGACCAAUGAAUAUUUCUUAAGAUGUCCUGGUUUCCUUAUGUGCGUCAAGACCUUACUCAACAGCCAUCGACGGUGCCACCUCCUUUUGAGGCAACAGGACAUAAUAGGAUUUAUUCGUCGCCACCAUCUUCAGCAGAUUUUCCAAAUGCCCCACCUGACUUUAAACCACCCUCCUUAGUAGAUUUGGCGUGUACCCCCCUUGGAUCCGGGUCGGGGAGGGUAUCCCCUGUUUCAUUCGUGACUCUUCAGGAGCAGCGCUGUGUAUUGAGCUGGUUUCUGAGUUGGGGAGCUAUUCAAAGACAGCAAUUUCUGGAGGACCUUAUAAACAAAGCUGUGCCUGGAAAAGUGUGCAGCCUACUUGAGCAGCUUACUACAAUGCAGGUGAAGGACCGACUUCCUAACAUCUUUGAGUGCCAGCUCCGGUUAUGGACGCAGUGGUUUGAGUCAUGGACCGAGGAGGAGAGAAACGCCUUCAUUAACUGCCUAGAGGAGAGAGACCCCAUCUUUGUCGCCCACUUCUAUAGAGGGGUGGCAGGCACAGCUGGGAGGGACUGAAGCAUUAUAUUUAAGCCAAUAUCAAUCAGGCCUUAGCCUUGCUAUUGACAGUGGACAAUUGCAAACCACAAGCUUCUGCAUCAACUUCUGCAGCAUUUUUAUUUCUUAUGUAGACUUCAAUAUAAAAUCAGAGCAAUGGAGAAGAUAUCUAACUUAAUAAAACAAUUGAACACGUAAUUUGAGACCACAAGAGAUGGUGGGACCCUUUCAGGUUUUAUAUAUAUAUAUAUAUAUAUACUAUAUGGUAGUGCUGAACAAAUGAUUACAAUAUAGAUAGGAAUAAUAUUUUCCCAUAAUUCCAAACUCAACCUACCUAUUGAUUUACAGUAUUGUCAAUGAAUUGAGAAGAGUUUAUAAUAACGACAACUAAAAACAAAAAUUAUUCAAUAUAAUUUCUUUAAUUUGUCAUCAUGUGCUUACAGUGCAACCUAAUAACACUAGCAGGGAUUCAGCACAUUUGGGGUGCACUUGAUACAAAUAAAUGUUGAGUAUUCAGUGAAAGCAGUGGGAAGUACAUUUUAUGAAGGUCAUUUUUUAGACUUCAGCCAGUCAGCAGAGACUACUGGAUUGAACACCAGUGGAGGUGAACCCUCCUCAGUGUCCUCACAUGUGCUCAUAAACGGAAAGAGUUUUGACCUCACGUUAACGUUACUGAAUGUGUACAUGUGAGCUCUAGUUCCUGCGUCAUAAAAGGAGAUUUCUGCCUUUUUGAAAUCUAUUAGCACUCCAAUCGUGGCUGGCUUGGCUUUCCCUUCCUCUCUCACCAAAACCUUUCUUUUGUCGGAAGCAGUAAGAACAUCAUUCCUUGUCAAGACCAAAGUCCAGUAUUGAUACCCGGGGUGAAAUCUUAUGGAUCCUUUUUUUGCAGCUGUUUCUCCAGCCACCCCUAAGAUGUAACAAGGUUUUCUAGCCACGCCGACCUCCCAGUACUGCCUGCCUUUGUCAAACCCAAUGCUAGCCAUGGCCCCCGUAACAUGAUUAUACCGUUUUGGGACGUCAGGCACUUUGAGUGCGGUCUGUAGGAGCCUCAUUUCUUUGUUGUUAUUUGACAGUUGGAGUUUUGGGUGAGCUGUGUCAGGGUCUAUAGCUGGCUGAGCUGUGGGAAGAAAAAGAAGGGUUCAAAACAGAUGAUCAAACAAAUUCUUCAAUCCAACCUUUGUAAAUGUGCUCAAAAACAGUCUAUUGUUUUUGUUUUUAAACUUUUGUUUUGUUUGGUUUUCUGCUUAAGAGAAUAUUAUUUGCAAAUUUAGAAGAAUUUGAAGUGUGAGUUUUUUGGGAGAAAUAAAAUGAAAGUUGUGGCAAGAUCAA